AUGAAAGAUUCGGAGCGGCAGAGGAGCAUCCAUCUCAUGCCCUUGAAGACAGCAGUUCUAUUUCUUCUGGCUUCCGGAUGUUGGUUUGUUUUGGCCAUCGGCUGGAACAUGUUCUCCGCAGUUAUCAGACCCAGUGACCUCGGAUCUGCAUUAUCUGCCGAGAGGUGGAGCCAGGCGCUGAUUUUGAGCGGGCUGAUGCUCCUCCUUUCGGGUGCUCUGCUACCCUUCGUGUUCUACUUAGGCAUGGUUCUCGUUGCGGAUUUAGACCAAAUCCCUCGUCAACUGGCAAACUUCCGAUUGGUCGACGCUGAGUGUUUCUGCUGCUCGAACAACCACCGGCACCCGCACAACGGAUCUCGGCUGCAAUGCGAUCGGAAGCUGGUAUACAAGACCUUGAAGCAGUGGUACGAUGACGUGGAAAGCGAGGCUGAUCAUUUGGAAACAUUCAGCAGGCUGGUUCGUGAGGAGUUAGCCCCGAGCAUCACACUGCUCAUCAGUGGCGCGACAUUGCCCCUUUCCUAUACCAUUUUCACUGUCGGUGCGAGCAAUCUGCCUUACCUCGCAGAUCACAUCGCACUGUGGAUUGCCAAUGUGCGCUUGGGCAGCUCCGGCUAUGCUCUUGCCCCCUUCACUUUGCGACAAGUCGCUGAUUGGGGGACGGUUCCGUUGGCCAGCAUGUUGGCUGUUUGGAUCUCCAAUCCUCUCUUGAAGGCAGGCCUCAGGCUGCGAAGCCGCUGGUGCGCCGCCAUCUUGACGCAAUCCAUUGUCGUUUUUGUAGUGGUCAUGGUAUGGGCUCCUACGCAAGUCGCCCUAGGCUUGACCGAACAGGGUGACUUGCGUCCUGUGGCACUGUUCCUCUUCUGGCUAGCAGUGCUCCUGGCACUCCAUUCCCCAUUGGGCAAGAAAGGGUUGGCCUGGGCUUUGGGCGAGAAGCCCCGGACGAUGGCAGCCAAGGGCAAGGAGGAUUCUGCUAUGGAUGACAUCGUGCAGGAAAAGAUUGUGGCAGCGGGCAAGGGUCGAGAAGUGGCCGCGCAAGACAGCCUGGCAGUCCAAGUAUGCCCCUCUUCGGACAGCACUUUCUACCUUUGA